AUGACACUGCACGACUCAUACCCUCUCCGUCCGACCCGGAGACGACCGUCGUUGCUUCUACGUGCUCGACCGAAGACUGCUGGUCCUGGGGAAAUGCCUGGCGCAGGCGUUCCUUGGAUGAACCCCGGUCCUUGGGCCCUGAAUCCGUCCUUCAACACCGGCGACGACAGUCAAAUCAGUCUUUGUCAACAGGAACAUGAAUGCAAUGGCGUAUUUGAGGAGAUCUCUGUGUUUCCCGAACCGACACCACGUCAUCGCACAGCAAAGAGCUUCUCCAGCAUCCGUCAUAGCGUUGACGGCCUGCGUGCGCUCGGCCGACGUCUCUCAGUGACCAUUAGAGGGAAAGCCCCGAAACACAAUCUUCAUGUAUCUCAAGGAACCAAUCGAUAUGUCGACGAGGAAAAAUCCUCAGGCGUUGCUCCAGAGGGAAGACACCGAAAUGCUUGGUUCAAGGGGCAUAGCAUUAAUCGCCGCCCAUCGCUCCACAGUGUUUCUGCGCUGCACUCUUUCUACGCGCCGACUGCAAAUGUUGCCAAUUUUAUUCCUGGCAUGGGGUUUGAGCCUCCCGUUUUCUCAGACAAUUUAUCUGGAGGUGCUGCCGCUCGGGCUGCCGCCGCAGCCCAAAACGAGAUGGCCAAAACAGGCCGAAUUCUUUCCCCGGGAGAUUCAAAAAUUUUUGAUACAGAAAGUGGAAUUGGAUUCGAUCUGCGUGAUCGUUCGGAUUUGUCAGAUUCCGAGACAGCUGUUGUACGAUUAGACCCCGUUGAUUAUCUACCUGCCGAACUCAUUUCUCAUGUAUUCUCAUUUCUGAACCCUGCAUCACUAGUGCAGCUGGAGGCGGUUUCGAAAUCUUGGAACAAAGCCGCUUCGUCGCAUCAUGUUUGGCGUAACGUUUUCCGCCAGAACUAUGGCUUCCGAUCGUCCUCGUCUACUGUGACAAGGAAGAUCCAAUCGGCCGGAUUAGGCAAGACACUGCCUAAUCAAGAUUGGAAGAAGAUGGCAAUUGUCCGAAGAAAUUUAGAUCAGCGUUGGAAAGACGGCAAGGCAGCAGCCAUCUAUCUCAAAGGCCACACCGACACUGUAUAUUGUGUCCAAUUUGACGAACACAAGAUCAUCACUGGGUCCCGCGAUCGCACGAUUCGCAUUUGGGAUGCUCAUUACCCGUGGCCAUGUCUAAAGGUCAUUGGCGCGCCUGCUACACAUCAACAACGCCAGUCACCAUCAAAUAACGCGAAUCCACAGCCUGUGGACAACCCGCCGUUUUUUUCUAUUUGCGCACCAAGCCAGCAGUGGACUGAUGUUGCCGACCAGUCAAUUCCGUUAUCUGAUUGUCACAACGCUUCAAUUCUGUGUCUUCAGUAUGACGACGAAAUUAUGGUCACUGGAUCGUCUGAUUUUACCUGCAUUGUUUGGGAUGUCAAGAAUGAUUACAAGCCAAUCCGGCGACUCGUGGGUCACAGGUCAGGAGUUCUAGACUGCUGCUUUGAUGAUCGAUACAUUAUUUCAUGUUCCAAAGAUACGACAAUAUGUGUCUGGGAUCGAGAAACAGGCAGAUUGGUCAAGAGACUGCUUGGCCACCGGGGACCAGUUAAUGCACUGCAGUUGCGUGGAGAUCUUCUGGUCUCCGCUAGUGGGGACGGUGUAGCAAAGCUGUGGAACAUCGCAUCUGGCCUCUGUGUCAAAGAAUUCUCGAGCAAGGACCACGGACUAGCCUGUGUUGAAUUCACCGAAGACGGCCGAACCAUCUUGGCUGGUGGUAAUGAUAAAGUGAUAUAUCAAUAUGAUGCCAACAGUGGUGACAUGGUUGGGGAAGUUGACGGACACAAUGGGCUAGUUCGGUCUCUUCAUUUGGACAGUUUGAACAACCGCCUUGUCAGCGGUAGUUAUGAUUUCAGUGUCAAGGUCUUCGACGCGACUACCGGAAAGAUGACCAUUGACUUCCCUGGGUGGACAACGAGCUGGAUUUUGAGUGCCAAAUCAGACUAUCGUCGCAUCGUAGCUACGAGUCAAGAUGCUAGCGUCGUUAUUAUGGAUUUUGGAUAUGGAUUGGACGGCAUAGAAUUGCUGGAAGAGUAG